AUGUUUAAAAAUAUAAUAAUCUGUAAUUUUAUUCUAUGUUUAACAUGGUUUACUACAUUGUCAGUGGCACAAACCUAUGUUAAUAUGAUUCCAUAUAAAUCACCAUCGUGUACCGGUGAACAAACUGGAAUUGGAUAUUCGUGGAUUGUCGAUACCUGUAUUGGUUUCCGUGACAACAACUUUUACUUUGAUAUUAGAUCCGAUGGAAAUGUUACCAUGUCAGAGUAUUCGAGAUCAGUAGAUUGCGGUAGCAACAACCCAAACACCCAGAAAACGUUCUAUGUCGACUAUUGCUAUGCGACUGACUAUGCCGGUACCGAACAGUAUCCACAAAACAACUACGUAAAGAUUCAAGUAGUAAACAACCCACCACCUCCACCACAAUACGGUCUUAAGUACUCUGUGUUCGAACCAACUGACAACGAAUGCUCUGGUAACGUUCAAAUGUACUACUACUACGUAAACAACACCGUUUGGCAAGAUCAAUUCGAUCACUAUCAAUUCUUCUGCUCUGCAACAGACAAUUUACCAUAUGAAACUGUUUGUGCUGUUUCAGACAAUGAUGAUGAUAAUAAAAAUGAAAAUGAUGAUGAUGAUGAAGUUAAUGAUUCUUCUAGUUGUUUCACUUCUACUUGGUGGUCAGCAUGCGGUAUCAGUUUCUAUUUAGAUUAUAAAUCAUAUACAAUGACAUCUUGUUAA